AUGCUGCUGGACUGUGUCGCCUCGAGGCGCAGCCCGUGGAGAUGGACGGACGGGGGCACUUUCCUGGGCACCUCCAGCCCUGUUUCUGGGGACUCCUGGUCCCAAGUCGAGCUGUCAGUGGCCGCCGCCCUGCGCCUCCGGCGCCCCAGCCCCUGCCCCUGGUGGGCGCGCUCGGCCCGCAGCCCUGGCCCUGAGGGUUUCUGGAACGAGUGUCAGGAUUUCUGCGGAACAGCGAAAGUUUGUCAGGAUAGGUCUUUAAAAAACAAAAACAAACACAAAACACAACGAACCACCCCCAGUUCCCUUUCCCACCCUGACAGUUCCGAGCUCUACCCCGGGGUGGGUCUGGCCCGGGCUCACUUUGAGAAGCAGCCGCCUUCCAACCUGAGAAAAUCCAACUUCUUCCACUUCGUCCUGGCCCUCUACGACAGACAGGGCCAGCCCGUGGAGAUCGAGAGGACAGCCUUUGUGGGGUUCGUGGAGAAAGAAAAAGAAGCCAACAGCGAGAAGACCAAUAAUGGGAUUCACUACCGGCUGCAGCUCCUCUACAGCAAUGGCAUAAGGACCGAACAGGAUUUCUACGUGCGCCUCAUUGACUCCAUGACAAAACAAGCCAUAGUGUAUGAAGGCCAAGACAAGAACCCAGAAAUGUGCCGAGUCUUGCUCACACACGAGAUCAUGUGCAGGUAAGAAAUUCCGUUCUCUCCCUCUAAUUAGCAGACAGAAGAUGAAUUUGUAUCUCAAAUCUAGGCGAACUCAGGUUUAUUUUGGGGGACACAUUUAUCUCGUUUCUACUAGACAAUCUAAAAAGAACCGAUAGAUGUGAAUAUUUGGUACUAAAUUGUCAGGCAUCAGAGUGGUUCUCAAUUAUUUAUCAGAGUUCAUCCUGUAAGACAUACAUUUCCAUUUUGAUAUCACACUGUUAAUGGGCACAGAGCGGUACCCUCCCCUACUUCCUUUCAAUGGAAUAAAAUACAAUAUAACCCUUUUAGUGUUAAUAUAUGCACUCAACCACAUUGCUAGUAAGAUGAGUUAGAGUUCUAUUGAUGUCAGCAGGAGCCUCUCUUUGAUAAGACUUAAGAUAUAGUUCCCCUUUUCAAUUCUCCCAAUUAAAAAUAGGACUUCUGGCCCUGGCUGAUGUGGCUCAGUGUUUACAGUGUCGGCCCACACAUGGAAGGGACAGAGAUUUGG